AUGAGAACCAAAGAGUCCGCUCGAUAUCGUGGCCUGCCGGAACUUCGCCAUUCCACCGUCGCUGGUCCUCUCCUCGUGCCGCCGUCGCCGCCUCAUGGAUCCGUCUCUGUCAAGCGCCGCCGUGCUCCCGAUCUGUCUCCGCCACCUAUGAAACGAGCUCGAACUCGAGGACAGCUCAAAGCCCUCGCCGAAGAGACAAAUCGUUGUAAUGCCGCCGUGCCGAGUGUCUCCGCCAAAUCCAUCGAUCUCACCGGCGCAGAAUCAGUACCGGAGUCGAAGAAGUCGACUCGUCUUCCUCUGAGACUAGAGUUCCGAUGGCAGAGAGGAGUAAAUCGCCACCAUCUGCAACCACGCCGCCAGAGUCUUCGUCUUCUCCAUCGGAGUCUAAUUCACCGCCGUCUGCAACAUCUCCGACCGAAUCGUCACAUUCUGAGCAAGAGUCACCGCCUGCGCAUGAGCCAUCGCCGCCGGAGAGUGUGUAUGACUCUGAAUCUGCUUCCGAUUCAUUAUCAGAGGAAUGGAAUUGGGAAUUUCCAUCUGCGGAUUCACUUGAUGUCUCCUUGA